AAAGUCCGAAGACAUAGUCAUUUCUCUUUUUUUUCAGUGUUUUAGCCGUCAAAUAUGGUUCUGAACUACCGAGUGUUUGCUUUUCUAUUGCUUGUUUUAAUUUUGGAGAACGCGUCAGCUUCCGAACAAGCCUCCACUAAUGACGUGGCAACUGGAGUGUCUGGUGAGAAGCCUGAUGUCAUUAUCAAACUGAUAAAAAGAGGCGCCGCGGAAAGGCUUUCCGAUAGUUCGAAUGAGCAGCCGAGAGAUAAGAGGAAGAGCAGCAGCCGGAAGAGCAAGGGACGAAAAGUUGGAAAAAAGUGAAUAAUUAAAUAAUCUAAAAUGAUUUAAAAUUUAUUUCUAUUAUUUUUUUAAAAAAUAAUUUGAUUGUAAUUCUGAUUUUUUCCUGCAGUUUUAUGCAAAGAACGUUAUAAAAAAUAAUAUUUUAAAUGUCAGGAAAAUCGAGCUCAACUACAGUAACCCAAAUGGAUAAGAACCCUGAGUCAAAACUACUGAUAAAACCACGUUUUCCGGAG